GGUAAACUGCCAAGCAUGAGCGGGAAGGUGGAAGCCGUGACACAGCCGCCGCUGCCGCCCGAGAUCGAAGGAUACCUCUACAAGAUGAAGCGGCAAACAGGCCUGAGCAACCUCACGGGCAGCUGGAACCGGCGCUGGUUCUACAUCGACAAGAGACACAAGGCGUUUGGCUACGCUAUCAACAACACGCAGCCGCGCAUGAAGAAUGCGAUCUUCCUCAACGACAUUACGGCGGUCGUUGUCUUUGACGAAUAUUGCUUCCAGGUCGAGGCCAAGAGCCGCAAGUUCUUCCUCAAGGCCGAGAGCAAAACGAGUGCUGCGUGCUGGGUCAAGACGCUCGACGCGUACCGCACGCAGCAGCUCCUGUACGAGAAGCACUUGGCGUCGACGCCGAUCGUGGCACCGGCCAAGACAAUGCACCAAGGCCCGGAAGAGGCCUCGCCGCCGCGCGAGGCCAAGCACACGAAUCAGCGCAGAAGUAGCAGUAGCAGCAAGCGCCGCGCCGAGGCCAAGCGAAGGAGCUACGACGACGACGAUGACGUCGAGUCGACGCCGGUGCAGGCGUGGAGCAUGACGUCCGACGACUCGGACGACGACAAGUAAGACAGCAAAGCUGUAUAAACCAUGGAUACAUCAAUAUAUAUUUGUACAUGGC